AGAAUUAUGUCCAAGAAAUAAUGAAACGCAAAGGGAAAUUUUGCAACCCCAUAGAUGAUCAUAUCAGAGAGGGAGAGAGAGAUAGAGAGAGAAAGGGAUAGAGAGACAGAGAGCCCGACAGAAGCAUAUGAGAAAGAGAGCCAAACACAAUCAUAGAGAGCGGAGAGAGAAUAAUAUCCAAGAAAUAGGAAAAAGCUAUGAAAGACAAACUUACCCAUCUCUCUUCAAUUCGUUAACGUAUAUACAUGCAUUGGCAUUGCGGAAAAUCUCUCUCUCUCUCUCCAUAAAAAUGGCGAGGAUUUGGUUGGAUUCAAAGUAGUUAUCGAUCCUUUGGCCCUGAUCAUUCGCGAGAAAAAUCUCCUCCUACACGAUUGAUGAUUAGAAAAACCAAGAAAAACGCGAACUCAAAUCGUCCUGUAUACUCUCUAUGGCGAAGAUGUACAAGCCUCAAGGCUUUGAAACAAAUCCAUGGAUUCAUGGUCAUCAACGGCUUCAAUUCCAACCCCUCAGCUCUCAGAGAGCUCAUUUUCCAUUGCGCAAUCACCGUUUCAGGUGCCAUGGAUUACGCCCACAAGCUUUUCCGCCAAAUUUUGGAGCCCGACUCCUUCGUUUUCAACACCAUGAUAAGAGGCUCCUCUCAGAGCUCCACCCCAUCUGAUGCUUUCACUCUCUACACUCAAAUGGAGAGUACCCAUAUCAGGCCUGACAAAUUUACCUUCCCCUUCUUGCUCAAAGCUUGUUCAAGGCUCUCCUCCGCUUUCAUGGGUAAUCAAUUUCAUACCCAAAUUUCAAAACUUGGGUUCGAAUCUGAUAUGUUUGUCAGGAACACUCUAAUCCAUCUCCAUGCCACUUGUGGGAGCUUGGAAGUUGCAGAGAAGUUAUUCGAUGAAUCAGGGAAGAGAGAUGUAGUGGCCUGGUCUGCUCUUUUAGCUGGCCAUUCAAGAAGAGGAAGCAUUGUUUUUGCAAGAAAUUUGUUCGAUGAAAUGCCCAACAAAGAUUUGGUUGCUUGGAAUGUGAUGCUCACUGCUUAUACAAAGUGUGGAGACAUGGAAUCGGCUCGUCGGUUGUUUGACAAGAUCGAAGAGAGAGAUGUGGUGUCUUGGAAUGCCAUGAUAUCAGGAUAUGUGCUGGCUGGUUCUCACGUCAAUGCUUUAGAAUUAUUUGAAGAGAUGCUAAAAGAAGGUGAAACCCCUGAUGAUGUGACCAUGUUGAGCUUGCUCUCUUCAUGUGCUCAUUCGGGGGCAUUGGAUAUUGGCAGGAAGAUUCACUCUCUCUUGACCAACAAUUGUUCUAGAGACAUAACCGUGGUUCUGGGCAACGCGCUCGUAGAUAUGUACGCAAAGUGUGGGAGCAUAGAGAGCGCUAUGCACGUGUUUAGAGAGAUGAGAGAUAGAGAUGUCUCUUCGUGGAAUUCGGUGAUUGGGGGAUUGGCUUUUCAUGGAUAUGGCAAAGAAGCCAUUUCUAUGUUCUCUGAGAUGCAAGGAGGGGACGUGAGGCCAAAUGAGAUCACAUUUGUUGGGGUUUUGGUGGCUUGUAGCCAUGUUGGGAUGGUCGAUGAAGGGCAGAAAUACUUUGAAUUGAUGAGAGAGAAAUAUGGGAUUGAGCACAAUAUUAAGCACUACGGAUGCAUGGUCGAUAUGCUCGGGCGAGCUGGUUUGCUGAAAGAGGCCUUUGGCUUUGUUGAAGGGAUGCCAAUGGAGACCAAUGCGAUAGUGUGGAGAACUUUACUUGGGGCUUGUAGGAUUCAUGGGAAUGUUGAAUUGGCUGAGGUAGCUACUAAGAGGCUGCUUGAAUUGAGGCCUGAUCAGAGUGGGGACUACGUAUUGUUAUCAAAUGUGUAUGCAUCUAUUGGUGAAUGGGGUGGUGCUGAGAAUGUGAGGAGAUUGAUGGGAGAUAGGGGAGUGAAGAAGGAGCCCGGAUGUAGCUCCAUCGAAAUGGAUAGUGAGCUCAUCCAUUUCUUGUUUGAUUCAAACCCAUCUCAAACUUGAACUUUGCAAGGAUCGGUGGACUAUGCUUUGCUGGUCUUCCACCAAACGAAGCACCCUGAUGGGUUCAUGUGGAACACCAUGAUUAGAGGCUUG